AUGUCGGUGCAGCUGGAGGAGGAGGAGCUCAGCGAGGAUGACAAGAAGCUCAAGGAGGACCUUCAGCUGAUGGUGACGCGGGUCGCCGACGCCGACGCGGGCGUGCAGAAGCUUGCCAUCGAGUCGCUGGGCACAGAGAUCAGGACCGCCACCUCCAGCAUGACCUCCGUGCCCAAGCCCCUCAAGUUCCUGCGCCCGCACUACGACAAGCUCAAGGCGCAGGUGGAUGCCACGCCCAAGGGGGCGCCCAACCGGCAGGAGCUCGCGGAUGUGGUAUCGGUGCUGGCCAUGACCAGCGCCGAGGAGGGCAGCCGCGAGACUCUCAAGUACAAGCUGGAGGGUGUAGUGGGGGAUGUGAGCAAGUGGGGGCACGAGUACAUCCGCCACCUGGCGGGCGAGAUUGGGGAGGCGUAUGAGGAGCGGCGGGCCGAGGACGCGCCUGCCGACGACCUGAUGCAGCUGGUGGAUGAGAUUGUGCCCUACCACAUGACGCACAACGCAGGUGGGCAGGGGCGCAAGUGGGCUUGCAAGGGAGGGGCAUGGGAGGCGUGGAGAGAGGCGGGGCAGGCGGGGCGGCCCUGCGCACAGCGCCUGCCACCGCCUGCCUGGCGCGCACUCCCACAGGUGGGCAAACACAGCGACGCGCUGCGCAUGGCGUUGAAGCUGGGCAGCCGGGAGAUGGCUGAGGGGGCGUUUGGGGCGUGCGCAGAACCCUUGUACAAGAAGCAGCUGGCGUACAUCAUGGGGCGCCACGGCCUGGCGCUGGACCUGGAGGGGGGGCCCGCGGCGGUGGAGGAUGAGGAGCUCAGGGAGCAGCUGCAGCAGAUCAUCAGCAACACCAAGCUGAGCGAGCAGUACCUGAGCCUGGCGCGGGACCUGGAUGUGAUGGAGGCUAAGACGCCGGAGGAUGUGUACAAGAUGCACCUGGUGGAGGGCAGGGCGCCCACGGCAGGCCCCGCCGUCGACUCUGCGCGCGCCAACCUGGCUGCCACCUUUGUCAACGCCUUUGUCAACGCCGGCUUCGGCCAGGACAAGCUGGUCACGGCGGCGUCGGAGGAUGAGAAGGUGGGCGGGCGGGCGGGCGGGCGUGUGCACUGGAUCUUCAAGAACAAGGACCACGGCAAGAUGAGCGCCACUGCCUCUCUGGGCACGGUGCUGCUGUGGGACGUGGAGGGAGGGCUGCCGCAGAUCGACCGCUUCCUCUACUCCACAGACAACCAGGUGGUGGCGGGGGCGCUGCUGGCGGUGGGGAUCGUCAGCUGCGGGGUGCUGGAUGAGGUGGACCCCGCGCUGGCGCUGCUGAGCGACUAUGUGAGCAAGGACGACCCACAGACGCGCAUCGGGGCAGUCCUGGGGCUGGGGAUUUCGUACGCCGGCAGGGAGAAGGAGGAGGUGGCUGAGCUGCUGCUGCCGCUCAUCAUGGACACAGACAUCAGCAUGGAGGUGUCCAGCAUAGCGGCGCUGUCGCUGGCGCUAGUGUACCAGGGCACCGCCAACGGCGACGCGGUAGAGGCCAUACUGCAGGCCCUGAUGCUGCGAGGCGAGGCGGACCUGAUGCAGACCGGCGGCCGCCUCAUGUGCCUGGCCCUGGGCCUGCUGUUCCUGCACAGGCAGGGCGCGGUGGACGCCACUCUGGAGGUGGCCAAGACCCUGGAUGAGAAGGUGUCCCGCUUCCUGCAAGUCAUCCUGGAUGUGUGCGCCUAUGCCGGCACAGGGGACGUGCAGCAGCUGCUGGCGAUCUGCGGGGAGCACAUUGAGGUGGAGGAGGGGACGGCGUGGAAGGCGGCGCACCAGCCGGUGGCGGUGCUGGGGCUGGGCCUGCUGGCCAUGUCUGAGGAGCUUGGCGGCCAGAUGAGCCACCGCGCGCUGGAGCACCUGCUGCAGUACGGCGAGCCGGCGGCCAGGCGCGGCGUGCCGCUGGCCCUGGCCCUGCUCAACGUCAGCAGCCCCGACAUGACCGUCAUGGACACUCUGUCGCGCCUCAGCCACGACACAGAUACCGAUGUGGCCAUGAACGCCGUGCUGGCGCUGGGCUUCAUCGGGGCGGGCACCAACAACGCGCGGCUGGCGGGCAUCCUGCGCAACCUGAGCAGCUACUACUACAAAGAGCCAACGCUGCUCUUCCUGGUCAGAGUGGCGCAGGGUCUGGUGCACAUGGGCAAGGGCCUGAUGACGCUCAACCCAUACCACUCAGACCACACCCUGCUCAACGGCACCGCGCUGGCAGGCAUCCUGGCGGUACUGCUGGCGGGCGGCCUGGACAUGAAGUCGAGCCUGGCUGGAAAGCAGCACUACCUCCUGUACUGCCUCACACCCGCCAUGAAGCCACGCAUGCUCAUGACAGUGGACGAGGAGGGUGCGAUGCUGGCGUGCCCGGUGCGGGUGGGCCAGGCGGUGGACACGGUGGCACAGGCGGGGCGGCCCAAGACCAUCACAGGCUUCCAGACGCACACCACGCCGGUGCUGCUGUCUGUGGGGGAGCGUGCGGAGCUGGGCACAGAAAAGUACAUCCCAGCCAGCAGCACACUGGAGGGCGUGGUCAUCCUCAGAGAGAACCCAGACUAU